AUUUUCUGCUCAUGCGCCCAUCAGUCAGCUCCAUCCCCUCUGCAGGAGACAUCCGGGUCCUCGGUGUGUCACAUGACCAGCGCUCUGCUGUCAUUCAUGUUAUUCAGCAGCAUCUAGAGCAGCUCUCUGAAUCAUCCUUAGCUUUCUCCAGGUCUCCUGCUCUUUAUCCCAAGAUGGCAACACUGGUGGCAAACAGGGCGAUGGACGUGAACGGCUUGGCAGCAGCGGCGAGGACACACACCCAGGCUGUGACCCGAAACUACAUCUCUCAACCUCGGCUAACCUACUCUACUGUGUCGGGUGUAAAUGGACCCUUGGUGAUCCUGGAUAAUGUGAAGUUCCCCAGGUACGCUGAGAUUGUCCACCUGACGCUGCCGGAUGGCACCAGGAGGAGUGGGCAGGUACUGGAGGUGAUUGGAAGCAAGGCAGUGGUCCAGGUGUUUGAGGGAACGUCAGGCAUCGAUGCCAAGAAGACUGCCUGUGAGUUCACUGGCGAUAUCCUGCGUACCCCGGUGUCAGAGGACAUGCUCGGGCGUGUGUUCAAUGGCUCAGGCAAACCCAUCGACCGCGGGCCCAACGUUCUGGCUGAGGACUACCUGGACAUCAUGGGUCAGCCUAUCAAUCCUCAGUGCCGUAUCUACCCCGAAGAGAUGAUCCAGACCGGCAUCUCAGCCAUCGAUGGCAUGAACAGCAUCGCCAGAGGACAGAAGAUCCCCAUUUUUUCUGCUGCUGGGCUGCCCCACAACGAGAUUGCCGCCCAGAUCUGUCGCCAGGCCGGCCUGGUGCAGAAGUCCAAGGAUGUGAUGGACUACAGUUCUGAGAACUUUGCCAUUGUCUUCGCAGCCAUGGGGGUCAACAUGGAAACUGCCCGCUUCUUCAAGUCUGAUUUUGAGGAGAACGGCUCCAUGGACAACGUCUGCCUGUUCCUCAACCUGGCCAACGACCCCACCAUCGAGCGUAUCAUCACCCCUCGCCUGGCGCUGACGUCAGCCGAGUACCUGGCCUACCAGUGUGAGAAGCACGUCCUGGUCAUCCUGACUGACAUGAGCUCCUACGCUGAGGCUCUGAGAGAGGUCUCUGCUGCCCGAGAGGAGGUGCCCGGCCGUAGAGGCUUUCCUGGCUACAUGUACACUGAUCUGGCCACCAUCUACGAACGUGCCGGCCGAGUGGAGGGCAGGAAUGGCUCCAUCACCCAGAUCCCCAUCCUCACCAUGCCCAAUGACGACAUCACCCAUCCAAUUCCUGAUCUGACUGGAUACAUCACAGAGGGUCAGGUCUACGUUGAAAGACAGCUGCACAACAGACAGAUCUACCCACCCAUCAACGUGUUGCCUUCACUGUCCCGUCUGAUGAAGUCCGCCAUCGGCGAGGGGAUGACCAGGAAGGACCACGCUGAUGUCUCCAACCAGCUGUAUGCGUGUUAUGCCAUUGGUAAGGACGUCCAGGCUAUGAAGGCUGUGGUGGGAGAGGAGGCCCUCACCUCUGAUGAUCUGCUCUACCUUGAGUUCCUGCAAAAGUUUGAGAAGAACUUCAUUGCUCAGGGCCCGUACGACAACAGGACGGUGUAUGAAACCCUGGACAUCGGCUGGCAGCUGCUGCGAAUCUUCCCCAAGGAGAUGCUCAAGAGGAUUCCUCAGAGCACCCUGGCCGAGUUCUACCCCAGGGAGUCUGGCGCCCGUCACUGAGGCACACUAAGGGAUGUCCUGGUUACCCACCCUCCUCCUUCUCUCCUUUUAUCCCUGUCUGUCAUCUCACCCUACAGCCCUGCCCCGCCCCCCAGGGUGGGGCUGGGAGACCAAUGUUGUCAGCCAUCCCAAAGCUCACCUCCCGUUUUCUCCACUGUUCUUAUUACCACCAGUUCAUCAUGAAUCAGCUCACCCCAACACCACCACCCCCUACUUCCCCACCCAGGAUGAUAACCCCCCCCCCUCCUCUGUAGAUGUACUGUACUGUAUAUGUGUCCAGAGGUUUUGUAUGGAAGGUGUCUGUGGUUGUGACGUCUACCCCCUUGAUUGCAAACAAGUCAACAUAUCCUUAAAAUGAUAGAUGAGUCCUUAUUUAUUGGGGCGUGUUACUGCUGGAUUCCCCUCUUCUUCUUCUUAUUUAAAUAAAUGUUUUGUAGUCUCCAUCUCCCACCAAAAACAAGAAGUUUCCAGCUGAAGGAAGAGGGGUGUGUGUGUGUGUGUGUGUGUGUGUGUGUGUGUCCCCAACCCACCGCCCUGCAGUCAUGAAGUUGGCGUUUUAUUGUCUUGAGAUUCAACGUAAGUAAGACUGACUAUCUGCUGACAGCUUCACGAAGUGGACAUCAUAAACAUCACCAUAUUGGUAUUUACCUGAGGCUGAUUUUAAAGUCCAGUACUGCUCUUAUUUUGCCGUAUGUAUUGUUUAAUAGUCCCUCCCUCCCCGCGCGCUACUCUGGAAAGAAUACAGUGGAUGUUUACAUUAUUUGUGUUUUGUUGUUUGAUUUGUGUCGUGAAAUUACGAGUAUAUAAGAUUAUAUUAAACAUUCCCGUCUGUCUGCAGAAACUAAUUCUUUGUUGUGCAACAAUACUGGUUUUGUGAGGUAAUGUGUAAUAAAUUAAAUGAUGUGA